UCUUAUCACUCAGAUCCCCAGUCCAACGGCUCUUCUUUGCAUUGACACAAUACUACCUGGCACAAAGGUCUCACGACUAAAACAUCUCCUUCAUCAGCUUAGUUGUUACCUCACCUCUUAUAUUCAUUGUCCUCACCUGCUAUCAAAAUGUCUACUCAUGUGUCCCGUCACCCCACCAGCUAUUCCGCUCACAAGUCCCCACUUCCCAUCACCAUGCCUCCCAAGACGCCAACCCACAGCUACCCCGUACCAAGGGGUAUGUCCCCUCCAGAAUUCUCUGACACAGCGACCUCGUAUGGUGGAAGCCGUACAUCGGGGGGUUCUUUCUCGGCUCGGUCUAGCUACGCUCCAAGCCACAGCAGCGGCGAAUACGAUUCCUAUGCUCCACAUCCCAGUGUUGAUGUCGUGGACAUGCUGAGCGAGAAGAUGAACAAUGCGUUCGACCCCAUCAAAAUGGAUCGCUCCCUCGCGUAUCAAGCCCAAACAUCCGGCCAGCUGAACGCUAAGCAGCGAGAAUUGCAGGAGUUGCAAGCGUUGGCACGACGGCGGCUGAAAAGCGCCAGGGUGAACUUUGCUGAAGGUCUCGAAGACGCUCGCGAAGUUCGACGGAAUAUCGAAUACUCGACAAAGAAGGUGGCUUCUAUGAAAUCCAAGGCUGAGAAGAAACACCCAGAAGCAUAUGCGGAAGCCAGUCGCAACCGUCAUACUUGAUGCCGCGACGACUGACGAUGGAACGAAGCCACGAAUUUCAUUAUUUUCUUACAUGAGCGUAUUUCCUAGUACUUGAAAAUCUUCCGCCCAACAAUCCCGAGUUGGGCUGGGAGGAGACAAUUUUCCGCGCCAGAUACCAAACAGCAUAGCAAUUUUGAGCGACGUCCAU